GUCUGGGUCAUCCCCCGGCAGAGUCGCUCCUGGCUGUGCACCCGAGGACCAAGAGAUGCUCCUGCAACAGCUGGUUGGAUAAGGAGUGCAUCUACUUCUGUCACCUGGAUAUCAUCUGGGUCAACACACCUGGGCACACAGCUCCCUAUGGCUUGGGAAACCCACCCAGGCGGCGCAGGAGAUCGCUGGGCAGGUGUGAGUGCUCACGCUCCAGGGACACCUUCUGUGCCACCUUCUGCCAGCCAAAGCCUGGGUACCUCCAGAGUCUGAAGCUCCCAGUGAGCUCUGGAGCAUCCACAAGAUCUCCACAGAGCAUUGGCAUGAAGCCUCUCCAUCAUGGCCUGCUGAGAGCUCUCAGGGAUAUUGCUGUGUCCAGACUGCAGUCCAGCAAGCAGCAGCAGCGAUCCCAGAGGAGCCCACAGCCAACAGCUUUGCCUUGGAAGAAAAAUAUCUGGAAGAAGAAGAGAUAA